AUGAUGAUGAUGGGAGAUACAUUUGGAAGUAUAGGAUCAAGCAUGGCAAGUUUGUUCUUUAUUUGGGCAACUAUUCAACAAAUCUUCCCUAACCACUUGAAGAUUGCAAUCAAAGAGUUUCUUUUGUCUUCUUUCCAACAACUCUGUUUUGCUCAAAGAGUUUCUGAUCAUUUCACCAACUUGUUCUCUCCUUAUGUUGAGAUCAAUUUCCCCGAAAGCGAUGAAUACCGUUUCAACCACGCUUUCUCAGCCAUCGAGACCUACCUUGGUUCAAAAGCAACCGAAAAAGCCAAACAUCUCAAAGGAAGUCAGCUCAAGGAAAGUAAAGGUUUGGUCUUAAAACGAGACGAGGCUAAAGUUAGAGACGAAUACAAAGAAGCUCAUGUUUGGUGGGAGAUUGUGACUAGUACUAAUGGAGAAAUAUCUUACAAGCUUACUUUUCACAACCGCCAACGGAGUGUUAUAACCGGUUCAUAUGUACAACAUGUGGUUGAAGAAGGGAAAUCGAUUGAUGCCAAGAACAAGAAGACGAAGCUGUUCACGAAUAACCCGAGUUCUCAAUGGGUUUUUAGUCAGAAUAUGUGGAGGUCUAUAGAAUUUGAGCACCCCGCGAGUUUUGAGACACUAGCCAUGGAUCCAGAGAAGAAAGAAGAGAUCUUGAAUGACCUAGUAGCCUUUAGCAAUGGGAAGGAGUACUACAAGAAGAUCGGGAAAGCUUGGAAGAGAGGCUACUUGUUGUAUGGACCACCGGGAACCGGUAAGUCCACCAUGAUUUCAGCUAUGGCUAAUCAUCUAAACUAUAACAUCUAUGAUCUCGAACUCACGGCUAUAAAGAACAACUCCGAGUUGAGGAAGUUGCUUACAGCAACAUCCAACAAGUCCAUUAUUGUGAUUGAAGACAUUGAUUGCUCCGCAGAUCUCACCGCUAACAGAAUCAAGAAAGAAAGCAAAUCGACUAACGAACAAGACAAAGACGAAAACGCGGUUACACUCUCAGGGCUUUUAAACUUCAUUGAUGGUAUUUGGUCUGCCUGUGGGCAAGAAAGGAUUGUUGUGUUCACAACAAACCACUUGGAAAAACUCGACCCGGCUUUGAUCAGGAGAGGGAGAAUGGAUAUGCACAUUGAGCUAUCUUACUGCACUUACGAAGCAUUCAAGAUUCUUGCCAAGAAUUACCUGGAUCUUGAUGAUCAUGAUGAAUUCAAAAAAAUCAAGUCUCUGUUGAAGGAGACGAAAUUUUCUCCAGCUGAUGUCGCCGAGAACUUGAUGGCCAAAAACCAUCAAGUAGACGUUGACGGAUCCUUGAACAAUCUGAUCAAAGCUCUGGAGAAAAGGAAGAACUAUCAGAGGAGCCAACAAGGUGAAGCAAAAAAGAAAAACAACAAAUUCAGAAUAUUUGGUUAA